CAUAUCAUAUAAACCCUAAAUCCAUAACUUCAAAGUUCUUUCUUUGAACAAGUUUAAACCCUAUUAUUCAAUUUUUGUUUCUUCAAUCUUACUUCAAUCGCAACUGCAAAAAUCCUCUGUUUCCUUUUGGGUAAGUUUUCUAUUCCCAUAUACAAUUGAUCCGAUUUCUUACUUGAUUCCAAUCUGAUUCCAUUACAUUAUAUUCAUAUUCAGAUCGUCUUCCAAAACCAAAUAUAAGUAUCUAUUUCCGAUUCAUAGUGGGUAUUGAAAGAACUGGGCAACAGUGAUCUGAGUAGGGAGAUUUUUGCAGGGUUUUAAACAAUGGAUGAUCUUGAGAAAGCAAUUGUUAUAACUUUUGAUGGGUUAACGGAUUCUGCACUUAAUUCCCAAGCCGUUUCUUACUGUCAACAAGUUAAGGAUAAUCCAUCUAUUUCAUAUAUAUGCAUUGAUCAUCUGUGUUCAUCUAAGCUAGCGCAAGUUCAAUUCUGGUGUUUGCAAUGUCUGCACGAAACUGUUCAGGUUCGUUAUUCAUCCAUGUCUCCACAUGAACAAGCGUUUGUAAGGAAAUCUGUUUUCUCAAUGGCUUGUUUCGAUUCAAUUGAUGGUAAGACGGAUUCUGCUAGAAUAUUGGAAGGGCCUGCAUUUGUAAAGAACAAGCUUGCACAGGUUUUUGUCAAGUUAAUCUACUUAGAAUACCCAGAGAUUUGGCCUUCUGUUUUCAUAGAUUAUCUUCCUCACCUUAACAAAGGUGUUACAGUUAUUGACAUGUUCUGUAGAAUCUUAAAUUCUUUGGAUGAAGAAUUGAUCAGUUUGGACUAUCAUCGAAAUUCGGAUGAACUGGCUGUUGCUACUAGAGUAAAGGAUGCCAUGAGACAACAAUGUGUUCCUCAGAUAGUUAAAGCAUGUUACGAUAUUAUCUCAAUGUGCAGAAACUACGAACCUUUUCUUUGCGCAAAUGUCAUGGAUUCCAUUAAAAGACACGUUUCGUGGAUUGAUAUCGGAUUAAUUGCCAACGAUCCAUUUAUCACACUUUUCUUCGACCUGAUUUCAAACGACGAUUUGCCAAUUCAGCUUCGCGGUUCUGCAACCGGCUGUGUUCUUGCGGCAGUAUCUAAACGUAUGGAGUACUUAGCCAAGCUGAAACUUCUCCAAACCCUUCAAAUAAAAAGGGUAUCCAGUUUAGUGAUGGAACGACGUUUGGACGAUGAAUUGUUUGCGAAAAUAGCCAUUCUUCUAACUGGUUACGCUAACGAAGCGCUCGUUUGCUCAAUGCGGUUACGUAACUCUGUGGAAUCCAAUCGUAGUUGCAUUGAGCUUCUGAACGAGGUUUUUCCCUCGAUUUUCCAUGUAAUGCUUACGUGUGAAAUCGAUAUUAUGUUUAUCAUCGUUCAGUUUCUUUCGGAUUACUUUGGCAUGAUGAAGCUUCUCCUUAAACCGAGUGAGGAGCAGUUAUUUCAUGCAAACCGGAUUUUGGAAAUCAUAAGUUUGCGGAUUCGAUACGAUCCCAUUCACCGCAAAAAUGUCGAUGUUUUUAAUGUAUUAGGGAAAGAGGAAGAAGAUAGGAUGACGGAAUUUCGCAAAGAUUUAUUCGUUUUGCUUCGCGGAGUUGGUCGUGUUCUCCCCGAUAUUACUCAGAUAUUUAUCAAGAACUCGUUAGUUCGAGCUUUUUCGUCUUCUUCUGGCUCGGAUAGUAAUGUUGAAGAAGUGGAAGCUGCGCUUUCACUUUUCUACGCUUAUGGGGAAUCGGAUACAAUGAAAGAAAAUGGCAUUUUGAGAGAUCUUGUCCCAACUUUACUGUCGACGAGACUUCAUUGCCAUUCGAAUAGGAUUGUUGCUCUUGUUUAUCUGGAAAUGAUAUAUCGAUAUAUGAAGUUACCUAUUAUCAAGGAUCAUAAUGAAUAUAUACCUAUAAUUCUGUCUGCUUUUCUCGAUGAAAGGGGUGUACAUCAUUCAAAUGUCCAUGUAAGCCGAAGGGCGGCUUAUCUUUUCACAAGGGUUGUAAAACAGCUUAAAGCAAAGUUUGUUCCAUUCAUAGAUACAAUUUUGCAGAGUCUUGGGGAUACAUUAACUCGAUUUACAUCAGAUCAACUGGGAAAUGAAGAUGGUAGUGAUAUAUUUGAGGCUAUUGGAUUGUUAAUUGGGGUUCAAGGGGUUUCACCUGAAAAACAAGUUGCCUAUCUUUCGUCAUUGCUUACUCCACUUUGCCAGCAGGUGGAUGCGAAACUUCAAGAUCCCGAAGAAUCUCCUGCAAAGAUUGUGAUUUUUCAGCAAAUCGUCUUAGCAAUUAAUGCCCUUAGCAAGGGGUUCAGUGUUCGUGUUGUGACAUCAAAUCGACCUACUAUUGGUCUCAUGUUUAGGCAGACACUGGAGGUUCUCCUUCGAGUUUUAGCUGUCUAUCCAAAGAUAGAGAUAUUGCGUAUUAAGAUUACAUCGUUCAUUCAUCAAAUGGUGGAGACAUUGGGUGGUGCAUCUGUAUUUCCUUACCUCCCAAAGGCUUUGGAACAGUUGCUUGUGGAGAGUGAGCCAAAGGAAAUGACGCGUGUCCUACUGUUGCUAAAUCAGCUGAUUUGCAAGUCCAACACUGAAUUACAAAACAUAUUGGAAGACAUUUAUCCUGUUAUAGCAAGCAUGUUUUUAAAUCUUGUACCAAUAGAAGCGGUUUCUUCUGAGCCAAAAUGUAAUACUGAGGAAAUUCGUGAACGACAAGAGCUUCAGAAACUAUUUUACACAUUUCUUAAUGCGAUAGCUAUGAAUGAUAUGUCUUCAGUUUUUCUCUCCCAAAAAUCUCGAGUAUGCUUGGAUUCGGUGAUGCAAAACUUACUCGAGACAUCUUGUAAACACAAGGAUAUCGUCGUGAGAAAGCUUUGUGUUCAGAUAUUUAUUAGAUUAAUUAAAGACUGGUGUGUUGGGCCCUUUGGUGAAGAUAAGUUGCCUGGUUUCCAGGGCUUUGUAGUCGAGAUUUUCGCAACAAAUUGUUGUUUGUACAGUGUGCUUGACAAGUCCUUUGAGUUCACUGAUUCUAAUACUAUGCUUUUGUUCAAAGAAAUAGCCUUGGUGCAGAAGGUUAUGUAUGAGAAAUUUGACAAUGAAUUUCUCCUCCAUUUUGUUUCUAAAUGGUUUCCAUCUGCUCAAUGCCCUCAAGAUUUGGCUGAACAAUAUUGCAAAAAGUUGAAGCAUAAAGAUUUGGAUGUAUUAGUUUCGUUUUACCAGAAUCUUAUCGAGAACUUGAGACAUCAAAUUCAGAAUCUCUCAACAAUUAAGUUUUGAUCUAUAAGAUUUUCUUUUCUUUGUAAAUAGCAGAUUUUGCCGGUUUUCUAUGGACAAUGAGAUAUGAAAGUCAAGAAGAUAUGACACAGAAAUUUUAGGCUGAAUGUUGUUCUUGAGUUGUUUCAAACUGUUGCAAACAAUGAGUUUUUUUCUUCUUUUUUUCUAUAAUUAGCACAUUUAUUCAUUUUUUAUUUUAUCUUACAUA